GCUUCGUGAGACUUGGAAACAGUCUGAGACAGCGGCGAUGUCAACCUGGAUGUCUUGCAGUCGUGGCAUGUGUCGUCCCUGUGGAUCUCACCACGAAAACUGAGGAGAUCUGUACAAGCUCUCCUUCUUCAUCCCUGAAUCUGACGUGUGAGACAGGGGAGAUGCUCCAUGUGAUCAGUGUACAGUACCAGAACAUGACCCCGAGUUGCGAGUCUCCACCUGGUGCCAGCUGUGUGUUCCUUCAAGAGACUCAGGCUGACAGUCUGUACACAGACGACUGUAACGGGGUGGCCACGUGUCAGAUGGAGGUGCAGAAGUUCUGGGUGGACACAUUGUGUGGAGAGACAACAACCUACCACGCUGUGAUAUCCUAUGAAUGUGUGUCUGACGACCCGGUUGAUGUUUGCGACAACGUGACACAUCUCUCCAGAGAGAAUGACAACAGCCUCUAUCUUGCGUCGCCCAAUUAUCCACAUGGCACCAUCUCAGGUUCUGGCACGUGCACGUGUGACGUCACAGGGGGCGACAUGAAUGUGACUGUCCUUGAAUACUACUUCCUCCCACUACAGGGUGUGAGAGCCAAUUUGACUCUGACUGGAGACACUACAACAUGGGCGUCAUUUACAGCGGGAAUACUGGUCUAUAACAGUUUAGUCAUGGGAAACACGGACAGACUGCGGAUUCAAGGCCUCAGCACAGCAUUCAACACGUUUCAUAAUACACAUGUGGAGGAUACAUCGAGAUUUCACGCAUCGAUGACUCAUGACUUGUCCUUGUGCUUUAGUCAGGUAAUCACUUGAUUUGCCGUUGCAUGUGUUUGUGCGGACGCCAUCGGUGGGUCAGAAUACCAUUUCGUAUACUAUCGGUGUCAUAACUAGAUGAUAGUGAUUCAUAAAUAUAUGCUUAUGAUAUAGUCGGACCCUUACAACGGAACUUUGUUUGAUUCGACAGUAGA